CACAAACAAAGAUGAUACCACACCAAUGGGCUUCUCCAUGUGGAAACCAAUGCACCAAUAAAUACGCUGCUCUUACCAAAAUCCCAUGGCGAGUGUUCUGCAAAAAGGGUUGCGACUCAGAUGGAGAAACAUGGGAAGAAUGUUUGGAGGAAUGCGAUCAAAUGUGCUACAAGGAUCCUGUACUAAAGGACCAGCAGUGGAGUGCCUAUAUUGAUCGAUCCCCUGGUGCUGCUGGUUAUUCAGAGGAAUGUUUUCAUGCUUGUGUAUCUGGCUGCGGUUACAAGUUUGAGGUUAAAGCAGAGGAAGCUGAUAAAGUGUGUCCUAACAGGAAACCAAAGCCUAAGACUCGGAAGCCAAAGCCACAACCUGUAUACCCCAAUGACCCGCCUGGUGAUAUGCCCGGCACUUCUGCGUAGAAAAACACAGCAUAAUUUAAAAAUAUCCAAAACUCUUUGUUGGCUAUAUCAAGGAAUCUUUUCUUUCCUUUUUAUACCUUAUAUCUUGUUACUAAUUGUUAUCAGCAUUGGAAAGUUGAUGUCCUAGGCUUUCAAAUUUGAGACAUUUGAACCUGUUUAAAUAUAAGUUAAAAGUAUUUUUUUUUAGAACUUUUCUAUUUAAAAAUAAAGAAUAUUUUUUAAUAGGAAAGUUCUCAGAAAUACUUCUAAGUUUGUAUCCAAACAGAUUCUUCAUUUGAUUAUUUCAGUCAUAAAUCUGGAUCAAAUCAUGGUGAAUGACAGGCAGCAGUUAGUGUAAGAAAAACUGAUCAUCACUCCCGUCUUGUACCCACAAUCUGACCAAAUGAAUUUAGAUUAACUCCCAAGCCCAAUUUGAUGUUAUAAUCUUCACUUGUUUUUGUGACCCUUCUGUAUCUAUAACUUUACAAUUGUCUAAAGAUUGAAGAACUUUUGGACACUAUUCAUAUGUAAGGAUAAUAUUAUCUCAUUUUCUGUAACAACUGGAAG